AUGAGGAACGACAUCAUCAGUGACCUUCGCCCCCAAAUUGGUGCAGCUAUGAGUCUUUUUGCCUCAGGAACUGCAUUAAUCCUCGAGGCACAUCAUCCUAGCAUCAGCGUUGCAGUUCAAACACACUCAGAGUUUUAUAGUCGGCCGUUGACCCGUCUUCUGAAAACAUUUUUAUUUGCUGAGAUGAUGUUCAAUGGAACGUCCGAGGAAAGGGAACAAACGGCAAGUUGGCUUGCCUGGAUGCAUCGUAAUAUCCAUGGGCGCAUCACGAUCAAGGCAAGGGAGGAACUGAGAUUGCCUGAAGAUUUUAAAUCGUAUGGAUACACUGAUGACUUAAAGGCUUGGGUCAUGCAUUCCCUUACCUAUGCAACUAUUGCCUUCCAAAUGCGCUACGGCCAACCACUUUCCAAACGCGCGAAAGACACAAUUGUGCUUGAAAACACUUGUGUGGCACUGCGUCUCGGUGUUCCUGAUCACCUAUUGGCUCGCGAUUAUGAAUCAUUUAUGGCCAUGUUUAACCGUCAACUCGACUUGCUCGACCACGGACACUCCGCUUCUCAGAAACUUGUUGAAGAGAUAGAGAAUGCAGCCACAACAUCCAAUAUUAAGUGGCCAACUGCUAUACUAUUUAGGCUUGGACUUAUGAUCGGACAUGACCUCCUUCCCGAGAAACUGCGCAAUCAAUAUCAACUCAAAGCUUUGAGGUCCCCGUGGCAGCGUUGUUUACAGAAAAUUGUCAUUUCUGUUCUCUGGCUGGUGUAUCCGGUUCUUAUGUGGCUACCGUUGCGAGGUGUAAUCACGCUCCUGCUAGUUCUGGAACCCUCUACGAGAUCGAUAUUUAUGGUGAGAACGCUUGUUCUUUUUUUUUUUUUACGGAACGCGACUGAAGAUGAACAGUCCUCUUUACAAGCGAUACAUUCCAUGGACACUAUGAACAACUUGCCAAUAUUCCACGGGACCCCUGACCCAGCUUCUAUCCUUGCGUCUUCCUCGUAUCUUCAGUGGCUAGACUCCGGAAAAGAUGGCCGACCUUUCCUUCAAGUUAUCCUUGUACGAAUACUCGAAGUCCAACUGAUGUCUGCACACGCAGCUCAAUAUUCCUGGUGGCCUAUCAUGGGGAGUCUGUAUCCUUGGUUAAUGCUUCCCGGAAUACUAGCUUGGGAGUCGAUGGCCAGCCUUUAUCGAACAACAAAAGGGUUUAUGGAAUCAUUUAGAACGAAAUUUAAGGAAAGCACAACGUUUAAGGGGAACCAAAUCAAGUUACCUCAGCAUGAUGGAAACCGGCGGUUCGCUAGAAUGCUCGGAACAUCGAUUGACUAUGGUCAUUACUGUGGGGGACAGACGGCUAUUAACCUUGUGGUGUGGUGGAUACGAUACCUGCAAAACACCACCCUAAACAGUCACCCGGGACCACGGUAUCUGACCUUUUGGGCGUUCUCAGCAGAAAAUAUGAGGCGUCCGCCGGGAGAGGUAGACGGCAUAUUCCGACUCCUGUCAAACGAGUUCAGAACCUUCGCGUUCACCUCAAUCGUCCAUUUAUUUCAAAUUCGUAUGAGGAUCAUUGGGGACUUGACAGGAUAUCCACGCGAACUCUUAGACUCCGUGAAAUUGUUGGAAGAAUCGACGUCGAAAUACGAUCGGCUAUUUUUACAGAUUGCGGUUGGAUAUGGAGGCCGCGAUGAAAUUGUUCAAUCAGUAAAUCUUUUGCAGGCUCAAGGAAAGGCGGUGACCGAGGCUGGUAUCAGCGCUGGUACAUACUGCGCUCAAGCUGGUAUUCCUCCCGUGGACUUAAUAGUGAGGACGUCAGAGAAAAGAACAAGCGGGUUCCUCCUGUGGGAUACAAAAGCAGCCGAGCUACAUUUUAUUGACAAGCUGUGGCCACAGCUUACGGUGAACGACUGGCUCGAUGUGUUAUCUAGUUACUCCAAAAGAGAAAUCCGAGGUGGGAAAUAG